CUAACGGUUUACAUUAUAGCCUUGUGCAUUGCCCAUACAAACAUACUUCUUCCAAGGAGGAAGCUUGUUUUGGCUGGGAGUUAAACUGUGAGCGAACGAGGCUUUCCAAUUUCAGAAAGGUCGUGUGUUAAUUUCACCGUGAUGCCAUGGGCAGUGGCUAGAUGGUUCAUUCUACGUCCGCUCAAGCUCACAUAACCCAGUCUCUGUCCCUCGAGUGGCAGCGAGAAGUAUGCCAUAUGAUAGGGCUCAAGUUUGCGGUCAUUUCAAGUGUUACUAUUCUCCGAAAAAUAAGCAAACCGGAAGGGAGACCCGUUUGCGGGAUCGCUUCAAUGGAAGCUCAGCAGGAAAGCGUGGAUAUUUCUGUGUUUAACGAAUGUGCUCAGCCGAUUAUGCGAACUCGAGGGAAAUUACAUCAGCGACGUUACAAAAGGGUGGCACUUUCGUUCACUAUGAUACUUCGUUCAAAGUACAACUUAUCAUAGUAACGAAAUUCCUGGUGUGUUUUGGACUCUUGUGUUUAAUUAUUUAUCUCCAUUGUGGUAGUUAGACAUGUAACAUCAACAAAGACCAUGAAAUGAAGAAUGGAAUACUGCUAAAUGUUUCACAGGAAUAUUCUUCGUCGAAUUCAGAUGUAGUAGCAGUUGGG